CCGCUGGGGUCAGUUUCCGGCCCGCGUGCCCCGCAUCUCUCGUACCGCUGCAGCCAAGAUGGAGGAGUACGCGAGGGAGCCUUGUCCCUGGCGAAUUGUGGAUGACUGUGGUGGGGCCUUUACCAUGGGCACCAUAGGUGGUGGUAUCUUUCAAGCCAUCAAAGGUUUUCGAAAUUCUCCAGUGGGAGUAAACCACAGACUACGAGGAAGCUUGACAGCCAUUAAAACCAGGGCUCCACAGUUGGGAGAUGGACCUGUGGCCAUGGUUGGGUCAGCUGCGAUGGGUGGCAUUCUCCUGGCUUUAAUUGAAGGAGCUGGUAUCUUGUUGACAAGAUUUGCCUCUGCACAGUUUCCCAAUGGCCCUCAGUUUGCUGAAGACCACUCCCAGUUGCCUUCAAGCCAGUUACCAUCCUCACCUUUCGUGGAUUACCGACAGUACCAGUAGGACUUCUUUCCCAGGGUUUCUCUAACUGGAUGAGCUGUAGGUCAAGAAGGAUUUCAGAUCAUGUUACAGUCUGUUUAAAACUGGAGGUGGGACAACUGUGGCAAGAGCCAUGAAGAGACAUUUUAGAACUUUGUGUAAUUCAAAGGGACAUGGAGGGGGAAAAAAAGAUACUGCAUUUAUUUAUUCACACUUGGAUUGCAUUUGUGAUCAAAAUAAAUGUCUAAUACCAUUUAAAGAACAUGUAAGUGCUUAGAAGAUGAAGGACCAAAGGGCAGAUAACAGUGAAACAGGACCAUCAUUCCCUUGGGGACUUCAGCCUGGGUUUUUUGUGUACAGUUAUUCAGACAAUAAAGCUCCUGGGACGUAACAGUUCCUUUCAGAGUUGUAGAGUUCUACUUUUCAUACUGUGCAUACUUCAGAUAAGGCGUGUUUUACACCAGCCCCUCUUGAUGUAAACUACAGAUGAGAAGAAUUAUGCAAUCAGCACGAAUCACUUCACAGGGAAAGACUUUAUGGAUUGAAAGAUUUGCCAAAAUGUUCAUCUUUUGCUUUGAAAGCAAAGUGUUGUCUUGUUUUGUAGAUGCUAGAUAUAAAGCUCUUUUACUUUA